ACAAGUUACUCACAUUGCCUUAAAAUUUUUGUAUGUCGCGUUGUUCGGCUGUUGCUCGUGUAAAAUUUGUUAAAAUUACACAAACGCACACUCCGCAGCCGUAGAAACGAUUCUUGAUGUGAGUACAAAACAACACCAGAGCCAGCAACAAUGGGAGCCUGUGUAUGUCGCAUGAAUCCCGACAAUGAGACCAUGAGCGUCUCAUCAGCGAGCGCCUCUCGUCCGGCCAGCGCAGGCAUUCCAAUGGGAGGUGCAACGCGCAAAAAUCGCCCACUGUGCCAUGAGACAAUUAAAUGGCGCUCCGAUGUGCCAUUAACUGAAGGCCAAUUGCGCUCGAAGCGGGACGAGUUUUGGGACACGGCUCCCGCCUUUGAUGGCCGCAAGGAGAUUUGGGAUGCACUCAGAGCCGCCACAAAUGCAGCCGAGGGCCUUGAUUUCCAAAUGGCCCAAGCGAUUUUGGACGGCGCCAAUGUAUCCGUGCCUAAUGGGUACCUCACAGAAUGUUACGAUGAGCUCGGUACACAGUAUAAGGUGCCAAUUUAUUGUCUAUCAUAUCCCAUAAACAUUGUGAAAGAGGAGAACGGACGCGAUUCACCAGCUGAAUACUCAGAGCCUGUGGAUGGAGGCACCGAACUCAUUCUCAAGCUGCGCAUAUCAUCGACCAUGACUGAUGUUAAACUGCCGGUAUACUCAAAGGAUACAGUGGGACAGUGCAAGAAAAAGCUACAGGCCACGGAGGGUGUGGAUGCAUGUUGCCAACGUUGGUUCUACAGCGGCAAGCUGUUGGGGGACAAGGUGCCGAUCGAUGAGUGCAGCAUACACCAAGGAUACGUCGUACAGGUCAUUGUUAAUACGGAGCAUUACAAUCACGACAACAGCACGAGUAUCGUUCACAUGUCACUUGGGAGCUAGCAACGCACCAACUUUAGUAAACUAGUCAGCAUAGGUAACAACAACAGCAACAAGUUAUAUCAACGGCAACAGCAGCAAUUGUCAAGUGGCAGGAAAAGCAUCAUUUUUAACAUCAAAUGCAGAAGCAACAAUUAUAACAAUAUUAACAACAAUGUCAUAUACUCAGGCAACAGCACAAGGAACUUUAUUGUAAAGCACAAAGAGCCGCAGCAACAACAAAUUCAACGACAGCAGCAGCAACAACAACAACAGCAACAGCUAACGUAUUGCAUUUAUAAAAAUGAAAAAUUGCAACAAAACAAAAAAAAUAUUACUGCUGUCACUUGCACAAUGCUGAUUGUUGACAGACAUUUUGUAUUGUUUUUGUGGCUGCUCGCCCUGUUUGUUGCUGUGGUUAUUGUUGCAAUGCUUUUGUAAUAUACACAUAUACACAAUUCAGAGCAAAAAACAAAUUAAACGAGGAAUGCUUAUAAAUAUAAAUUUAUUUAUAUAUAAGAAUAUAUAUAUGUAUGUGUAUAUAUAUAUAGACAUAUA